AUGAACGUGGAUAAUUCAGCGAACUCCCCAAGAACAGUGAAGGCGAACCUGGUAGUGGACAUCGAGCCAAAACGACAGACCGCCGUACGGCUAGGCGAGAGUCUGAACAUUUUGUGCAGAGUCGGUAAACCGCUGCUAGUAUGCCGCGUCGAGAUACCCGGUGAGCAAGGUGGCAGGGUGUUGUCUAAGGAACAACAAGCCGAUGAUGGUGUCGAGUAUUAUGGGGAGGGCAAAGAAACGGGUCAGUGCGGAGUUCACAUCGCCAAAAUCAAGGAGAGCCAUGACGGAAUUUUCAAGUGUACUCUGACGGCCAUUGAUGUACGACCAGAGGCACAGGCAUCUUUGAAGAUCAUCGUCGCCAAACCACCGAAUAAUCCCGAGCUUCAGACCAGCCAUGGCUCCUACGGCAGAAGCAUAUACAGACAAGGAGAAAAACUGGAAGUGAGUUGCAGCGCACCAGCCGGACGACCAGCAGCGAACGUUUCUUUGUUCCUUGACGACGAACCUAUUGGUAACGAGGAGAGACCAACGAUUUACGACUCGAACGUGGACGAUAAAUCAGUGGCUGUGCAAAAUGCAUCGCGCAGCUUGGACUGGACCGACAAUGGCAAGGUUCUUCGAUGCGUUGCCACUCACAUCGCCCUCGACAAGCCUAAGGAAACCACUAUGCAACUGCAAGUCUACUAUCCGCCUCAACAGCAGCCAACCAUCGAGCGUUUCGGAUACGUAAUUGGACGCCAGGGUAUCGUGAACGUGACCGUUUACGCGAACCCUAGGCCGCGUUUCUUAUGGCGGGUGAACGAUGAAAAGAUCAACGAGGGUCGUCCCGACGAGAGUAACCGACUUGAAACCUCGACCGCUGUCGAUCUGGGAAGAGGAGCGUGGAGUGUGAUCCUGACGAUCGACAGCGUUCAGAAAUCCGACACGGAGAAGGUGUACAUCCUGGAAGCCCGUAACGACGAGGGAGCUAACGAAUACCGUAUCAUUUUGUCGACAUCCACAGAACCCGCAGGGUCGUUCGGUCACAUCUAUGGUAAGCUCUUCGAACACAUGCACGCACUAGGCGUCGAUUUAGAUGCUGGUUCUAUCAUUGGAAUCGUCGUCGGAGGCCUGGUGCUAAUUCUCCUCGUUUUCAUACUAAUUUUUGCCCGUGCGACCGGACGCUGGUGCUUCGCAGCUAACUCGUCGUCGAGGAACCUCGGGGAGUCAGUCGGUGACUUCGCGGAUGCGGCAGCAAGUGUUAAUCUACUUCGUUAUGACACAAAAUCGAAAACCGCAGACGAAGACGAUAGGCAAAGAAGUGAUACGGAAAGCGCCGGCCGCUACUCGAGAACGGAAGUGGAUGGAUCACGGGGAGAACGGAAAUCGAAGAUCAGUCUGUCUCGUUUCUUCAAACGUAACAAGGACAAAGUGUCUGGAGCGGACACGGACACCGUGAGGACUAUCGUUACUGUUGACGACGAGAAGCUUCAGACAUCCGUGCCAACUGGACAAGAAAACAAAGCGAAUCCUGCCGCGGGUGAAGGAGGAAUAGUGUACGCCGAAUUGGAUUUGACGCAGCAGCAACAGUGUGCUGCUCCUCGUCGUCUGAACGAGGAUAAAACGGAAUACGCAGAAAUUUUGUACACAAAACCAGAAACAGAGGAACAACAACAACAGCAAACCCCCAACGAGUAAAUUCUCGUUCGUUCGCACAAGAAAAAAACGAAGACGAAGAAGAAGAAGAAGAACAAAGCUGUUUACGAAACAAUCAAACGUUUAUCUUUCUCGUGAUUAAC